GUUGCUUGUACAAAAAGAGACUAUCUGCUUUAUGCUCUUAGCGUAGGGGUACCUGAAGAAGACCUAAGAUGGCUCUAUGAAUUAGAUAUCGAUUUUGGUCCGCUUCCAACCUAUCCACUCUGCUUGUUAUUAAAGGCAGACGACUGGGACGUGAAUUCGUUUGUUGAGCGUUGGAGUGUUGGAGGACCUUUACCUGGUGUACCACCCUAUGAUCCAAAUCAAAUCCUACACGGCGGGCAGUCACUCGAGGUCAUGGUGCCGUUUCCUGAAGAGGGUGGUCGUUUCAAAUCACUCAAGAAAUGUACAGGUGUCUAUGACAAGGGAUCGGGUAUGGUACUCGAAAUGACAGUAGACCUGUUUGGAGAACAAGAUGAUGUUCACUACUGCCGUAUGAUUACAUCUAUGUUUGUUCGUGGUUGCGGUGGCUGGGAUGGACCAAAAGGACCCAAACUUACACUCUAUACUCCACCCGACCGUGUUCCUGAUGCAGUAGAUCAUUUCUACACCUCUCGUAACCAAGCAUUGCUCUAUCGUCUUUCCGGGGAUUUCAAUCCUCUCCACGCAGAUCCCAGUGUUGCCUUGUCUGUCGGGUUUCCUCGUCCCAUUCUCCACGGCCUGUGCUCCUAUGGUAAGAGUUCCCAUGCCAUAUUGAAACAUUUUGGCAACAGCGAUCGGCUCCGCUUCAAGUCCAUUUCGGCUCGAUUUGCCCAGCCUGUGCUACCCGGAGAAACGGUUACAAUAGAUAUGUGGCAAGUGGAAGAAUUA